ACCUUACUGGUGUAAUAAAGUGACUGUUUCCGAACGGUAAAUUGGGGUGGCAAUUUCGAUGCGCGGUCUUGCAUGGCUUUCAGGACAGCACUAGCGUUGCCAAGUUGCUUCAAACCUAGCUAUGCUGUAUCUACAGCCGUUUCAUUAGUGUCAAAAUCGACGCGUCCGCAAAGUUUGACUUCCAAAUGGGCAAGUGCACAGCCACUAUGCCGAGUCAUGACACCUCUUGACAUUCCUGGAACGAGGCGAAGUUUGACCUCUAUGAUACACCAGUCACGCUUACAUAUAUAUGAGAAUAAAAGAAUUUCGUCCAUCAGCAGCAUAAUGCCAAAACUGUCCGCUGUCAUGGGUACCGUCGUAGUGUAUCAUACUUUCACUCAUGCUCGUCACUAUCAUGCAAUGGUUUUUUGCGAAGCAAGCGUCAAUAGUGACCCAAAGUUUCAACCCAUGGCAUUGUCGGUGAAGCACGUGGACAAUGCAUCUGCCGCAUUGACCGCCUCGAGCCAAAAGUCACCCUCUUUAUGGGUGGAAAUAUGGAGACUUGUGAAACCAGAUCUACUCCUGCUGAUACUUGUAGCACUCACUGCAGUCGGUGCUGCCGUAGUGAACCUUCAGACUCCAACUGUUACGGGAGAGCUUAUCAACGUCAUUGCGCAGAGUAUCAAAGGUGCUGGGGAGCUAUCAAUGGAAGAAUUGAAGAAACCAGCAAUGAAACUUUUAGGUCUAUUUCUCUCUCAAGGGUUCCUGACAUUUUCGCACAUCUCACUGGUGUCUACUUUGGGUGAAAAUGUUGCCUCUCGUCUGAAGAGCUUACUUUUCUCGGCAAUCGUGAAGCAGGAUAUCAGUUUCUUUGAUAGUCACAAGAGUGGAGAGCUUGUUGGACGACUGACCACAGAUGUCGCCGAUUUCAAGCAUACAUUCAAACAAAUUGUCACUCAAGGGUUGAAGUCAAUUGCCCAGACAAUUGGAUCUGCUAUACAUCUCGUCCGCAUUUCUCCGUCACUGACCUUUACAUUAUUGGCCACUAUGCCUGUGUUGUACGGUAUUUUGAACAUCUAUGGAACCUAUCUAAGAAAGUUAAGUAAACAAGGGAAGGAGUUGGAUGGUGUUGCUAGCGGACUGGCUGGAGAGCUCAUUGCAAACGUGCGAACUGUGCGUGCAUUUGCUGCCGAAGACCGAGAGUGUGAGCGUUAUCAGUCCUCUACUGACAAAGUCGCAAAAUCGAACACUCACCUUGGCUUACAUAUCGGACUUUUCCAAGGCAUGACCAAUGCUGCUAUCGGAUGUAUGGCCCUCAUUGUUCUGUAUUAUGGAGGAUCUCUAGUUGUCAAAAACGAAAUGACUGGUGGUGAUCUGAUGACGUAUAUGCUGUCUACACAGUCGACUCAAAGAUCCUUAGUUUCCCUGGGAGUCCUCUUUGGGCAAUCGAUCAAGGCUAUUGGAUCAGCCACAAGAGUCUUUGAAUUUGUGCAUGCUACACCAAACGUACCACUUCAUGGUGGAGUCACUCUGCCUUACAUGGAUGGCAACAUACGUUUCGACAAUGUAAGCUUCCAUUACCCAACUAGGCAGGAGCAGCAAGUGUUAGAGAACUUCACAUUGGAUAUUCCCCAAGGAACCAUGGUAGCCCUUUGUGGUCCAUCAGGCUCUGGAAAGUCAACGGUCGCAGCACUUCUAGAGAGAUUCUACGAACCUUGUGAUGGCCAAAUUUUAAUAGAUGGUACUCCAUUAAACGUGAUGGAUCCCUCCUGGAUUCGUCAACAAAUUGGAUUCAUCAAUCAAGAACCGGUCUUGUUUGCAGCCAGCAUCGCCGAUAAUAUUCGUUAUGGCAAUCCUGAUGCUACUGACGAGGAGGUUAGAUCAGCAGCACGAAAAGCUAAUGCUGAGACGUUUAUUGAAGCGUUCCCAGAUGGCUACGAUACCAUGGUAGGAGAAAGAGGAACAAGUCUAUCUGGUGGACAAAAGCAACGGGUAGCUAUUGCAAGAGCAAUUUUGAAGAAUCCAAAGAUUUUAAUUCUGGAUGAGGCAACCUCUGCUCUAGACACACACUCUGAAAAGCUGGUACAAGAAGCACUAGAUGAAUUGAUGAAAGGAAAGACUGUAUUGGUAGUUGCCCACAGAUUGUCUACCAUUCGAGCAGCUGAUCUCAUUGUCGUGAUGGGUCGUGAGAUAGGAAACGUUAUAGAGAAGGGAACUCAUGACCAAUUGAUGAAGAAACGGGGCAUGUACUAUGCGCUUCAUAAUAACGUCGAGGCAUUCUCAUAAUCCUUAGAAUAAAGAAAACACCAUUGAAGAAGUUAUGAAUAAGCCUUUAAAUCAAAAUUUUUGCGCCUGUAACCGUGUAGAAGUGAGAGAAAAGAAGAGUGUAUAUAUUUGCUGGC